AUGUCGCGCUCAGACGGCUCGUUAAACAAGUUCAUCUCGCGGCUCGACGCUGCCCCGCCGCAAGAGGAGGAACAGGGCCUCGGCGGCGCCCACGGCUUCCAGAUCCUGCGCAACACCAACCUUGAGCUAGCUAUUGAGCCUUGGUUCGACUUCAUAAUCGGCAUCAAUGGCAGGACAAUAGACAACCCCGACCCGGCGCUCUUCGCAACCGAAGUCCGCAACUGCGCCGGCACUACCAUCAGCCUUGGCAUCUGGAGCGCAAAGGGCCACCGCAUCCGCGAGCUAUAUGUGCCCAUCCCGGCGGAAAACCCGUCCCUCGGCCUGUCGCUCCAGUGGACGCCUUUGGCUGUCACUGAAGAUGUCUGGCACAUCCUUGACGUCCAGCCCAACUCGCCAGCUGACCUCGCCGGCCUUCUUCCUUACGGCGACUAUGUGAUUGGUAGCCCUGAAGGUCUUGUACGAGGCGAAUCGGGUCUUGGAGAGCUGAUCGAAGACUACCUCAACCGUCCGCUCCGGCUCUUCGUCUACAACCACGAAUACAACAUCACGCGUCCCAUCACCAUCACGCCCUCCCGGAACUGGGGCGGCACCGGCGCCCUAGGCUGCAUCCUCGGCUUCGGAGCGCUGCACCGGCUCCCGCCACCACUGGACGAGCCGCCCGCCGGACCAGGCGAGACGCUCUUCGAAGCGAGCAGCAUGGCCGCAGCGCCGCCCGCGACCAUGGCCGCCACCGCCGUCUCGCCCUCCUCGACCAACUUCUUCGUCCCGGCAAACAUGCCCACGCCCCCGCCCCCGCAGCACACUCCCGGCGCGGCGGGCGUCCCACCGCCCCCAACCGCUUCCACCGCUGCUGCUGUUGCCCCAGUCGCCCACAAGCCGCGCAAGACCCGCGCCCACCACGCCCUCGCCCCCUCGGCCGGCAUCGAUGAGUACUUCAAGGAGGGCGAGCAGAAGAGCCGCGAGCUCGACUACGGCGCCGGCGGCGGCUCGCGGCCGGGCUCGAUUCCGCCGCCGCCAAAGGCCGGGCCGCCCCCACGGGGAGGGCCACCGCGUGCGGGGACGCCGCAGGCGGCACCCGUGCAGGCAGCGGCGGAGGUUGCGGAGUAA